GGCGACGGCCACCCCCGGAGGGCUAAAGUCUCGCGAGACGGGAACUCGAGCCUCCUGAGGCGAUUCGUGCUGAAGGGAGUCGAAGUCUGCUGCCGCCGUGAUGUUGGAAGAGGCAGGCGAAGAGGUGCUGGGUUCCGUGCUGCUGAAGGCCUCCUGCCUGCCGCUCAGCAUCCUCCUGGUGCUGCCCGCCGUCCUGCUGCUGCUGCUGGGACCUCCGCCGGCCUCGGCCGCCCACGAGUUCACCGUCUACCGCAUGCAGCAAUACGAGCUGGGCGGGCAGGCCUACGGCACCCGGAACGCUGUGCUCAACACUGAGGCUCGCACCGUGGAGGCGGAUGUGCUGAGUCGCCGCUGCGUGAUGAUGCGGUUGAAGGACUUCUCCUAUGAGCAGUACCAGAAGGCCCUGCGCCAGUCGGCGGGCGCAGUGGUGAUCAUCCUGCCGCAGAACAUGCUGUCGGUGCCUCAGGAUGUCAUCCGGCAAUUCAUGGAGAUUGAGCCAGAAAUGCUGGCCAUGGAAACCAUUGUGCCGGUCUACUUUGCCGAGGAAGACAAGGAGCUCCUCUCCAUCUACGAACAAACACAGGCGGCUUCUGCAUCACAAGGAUCAGCCUCAGCUGCCGAAGUUCUGUUGCACACCGCGACCGCCAAUGGCUUCCAGAUGGUGACCAGCGGGGCGCAGAGCAAAGCAGUCAGCGACUGGCUCAUCACAAGUGUGGAGGGACGGCUGACUGGCCUGGGAGGAGAGGACCUUCCUACUAUUGUAAUAGUCGCUCACUACGAUUCUUUUGGGGUCGCCCCGUGGCUGUCUCAUGGUGCAGACUCAAAUGGCAGUGGUGUUGCCGUGCUUUUGGAGCUGGCCAGGCUCUUCUCCCGUCUCUACACUUACAAACGGACCCACGCCGGGUACAAUCUGUUGUUUUUCGCCUCGGGAGGUGGGAAGUUUAAUUAUCAAGGGACCAAGAGGUGGCUGGAAGACAACCUGGAUCAUACAGAUUCCAGUUUGCUGCAGGACAAUGUGGCUUUUGUCCUCUGUCUGGAUACGUUGGGGAGAGGGAACAGCCUUCACCUCCAUGUCUCAAAGCCUCCAAAGGAAGGGACCCUACAGCAUGCUUUUCUGAAGGAACUCGAACUGGUGGUGGCCAACCAGUUCCCGGAGGUGAGGUUCUCCAUGGUGCACAAGAAAAUCAACUUAGCAGAGGACAUGUUGGCCUGGGAGCAUGAGCGCUUUGCCAUCCGCCGCCUGCCCUCCUUCACUGUCUCACACCUCGAGAGCCACCGAGAUAGUCUGCGCAACAGCAUCAUGGACGCCAGGUCAGCUGCUGGGGCCAGAGUUGACUCCCGAAUCCUCACCCGCAACACCCGCAUUAUCAUGGAGGCCUUGACAAGGGUCAUCUACAAUCUGACAGAGAAGGGAGUCCCUGCCAGCCUCCAGAUCUUCACAGAACAGAUGCAGAUCCAGCAGGAGCAAAUGGAGGCGGUGAUGGACUGGCUGACUAGCCAGCCCCGGGCUGCCCAGCUCAUCGACAGGGACAGUCCCUUUAUCAACACACUGGAGUAUUACCUGAGCCGCUACCUGAAGGAUGUGAAGCAGCAUCACGUGAAGGCCGACAAGCGAGAUCCCGAGUUUGUUUUCUAUGACCAGCUGAAGCAAAUCAUGAAUGCCUAUAGGGUGAAGCCAGCCAUCUUCGACCUCCUCCUGGCACUCUGCAUCGCAGCGUACCUCGGGGUGGCCUACGUUGCUGUCCAGAACUUUGGCCUGCUGUACAAACUGGUGCAGCGGCUCUCCCUCAAGUCCAAGCAGCAGUGAGAAGGAGCAAAACUGAGAACUCCACCCGGACUGCCGUUUCCCGUCCGUCUUUUGGAUGCUGCUGACGCCACCGCCCUCAGUCUUCUCCCGCCCUCUCCCUUCUUUGUUUGGCGACACUGGAGCAGGGGGCAAACCCCUGAGAUGUUUUGAAAACUGCAACUCCUUGGCGUUGUAGCGAACCUGCAUCCCUCCCUCCUCCCAUCUCUGGGACUUACGGGGCCCCCACUUGGAUCCGUUAUUCUUUCCAGAUUGAGCCAAGGAUGGAUGAGGAGGGCUUUUUUCACACUCUCUCUCUCUGGACCUCCCCACUUUGGACAAAAACAUUUCCCGUUGAUGCAAAGCUGCUAUAGACACAGAAGCGAAUGGCCGGCGUGUGCCGUGGUUUGGCGAUUG